GAGAAGAAUUGUUGCUGCACCAGGGAAUGUGGUCUAAUCACAGCUGGGAUUAUUGGAGCGAUACUUGUGAUUCUGGGAGGAAUGUUGGUGUUUAUAUUCGACACCGUGUACGAGAAUAUUGUCAAAAGGGAAUCUGUUAUUGCAAACAACACAGAUGCUUAUGCAGCCUGGUCAGCACCUCCACCAUUGUAUUUUGAAUUGUACGUCUUCAAUUGUACGAAUCCCAAAGAAUAUCUAGCAGGAGCAGAGAAUGGUACUUACGUUAAACCACACUUUCAAGAGCUCGGGCCUUAUGUGUAUAAAGAAUUUCAAAAGAAAGACCAGAUGCAAUUUCUGGACACCGAACCAGAAGAGCUAAGAUACCGAUCAACAGCCAAAUACUACUUUGAACCUUCAUUGUCAAGCGGGAGUGAAGAUGACUUGGUCACAACCGUAAAUAUAAUUGCAACUGCUGUUCCAUCAAUUGUGGAAUACUGGAUAGCAACAGUGCCGCUCAAUGACACGACCGCAAGAGUUUUGCGAAGAACCGUAAAUAAAAUGAUCAACGACGCCGGUUCGGAGCUACUUUUUACAAAAACAGUCGGAGAACUUUUGUUCGGUUUCCAUGACGAACUUUUAUCUCUUAUAGUCAACACGAUCGAAUUGCUUCCCAUUGAAGGCUUACCUGAGGGAGAUUUGCCAGAGACUUUUGGACUUUUUUCAACGAUGAAUAACUCCGCAGGAUGGUACAACUAUACGAUCUACACAGGGAAGGAGAGUUACCUCUUAAUGAACAAGCUCAUUGCUUAUAAUGACAUCAGGGAACUUGAUUUCUGGUUUGGAGAAGAAUGCAACAUGAUAAAUGGAACAGAUGGAACAACUAUGCCAGCCUUCAUGAAUAAAGAUGAAACAAUGUAUAUAUUUGUGGAUGAUAUUUGUAGGUCCAUGUAUGCUGAAUUCUAUGAAGAAGUGAACAUUAAAGGCGUGCCGGGAUGGGAGUACAGAAUCCCGCGACAAUUAUUCGAAGCGCCUAGUACUUAUGAACCUAAUGAAUGUUGGUGUCCUGAUCUCAGUUUGGAUGUCUGUCAACACAGCGGAGGGUUGCCACUUUCUUCAUGCUUAUAUGGUGCCCCAAUCUUCAUGACGUCGCCUCACUUUUUGUACGCAGAAUAUUAUCUAGAUUUUGUUGAAGGCUUGGAACCAAAUGAAGAUGAUCAUGCCACUCCUUUAGUUUAUGAACCUAGCACAGGGAUCUGUAUCAGAGCUGACAAAAGGUUGCAAAUCAACAUGUACAUGAUGCCAUUUGAACAUUAUGACAUCAUGAAUAAAUUCCCUGACAUGUACUACGUUUUCCCGAUUCUCUGGUUGAACGAAUCUUACAUUGUAAGUGAUGAUGACGCAGCUUCUAUGUACAGGUACUUAGUCCAACCAGGAGAAUCAUUUGCGAUCACUCAAAUCGUUUUCUGCAUUGUUGGGUCAGUCCUACUUGUUGCUGUCAUAUAUUUUGCCGCAGUGAUGCAUUUUAAUGAGAAGAAUAAAGGAAAUGAUAUUUCUUCUGAAGACUAUGAAAUAAAACAAGAAAAAACGAAAUAUUCUCCAUCAAAUGGGAACACUUAUUAUGACAACGGGGGAAUGGAGAUGAAGGAAGAUGUUCCUGAAGAUAAAACAGAAUAUCGAGCUUACGAGAAUGUGGAAAAAGAUGUUCCAGUAACUCAAUUAUAGAACUCUUCAAAUUUUUGAAAAAAUUUCAAAGACAAUUUCUGAAGUCAUCAUUCGCUUUAUUGAGAUUAAUUGACCAAAAUGUUUUUAAUAGUUUUAUUCUUCUUAUUAUUAAGGUACGUCUUACAGUUUGAGAUGUCCAAAGAAAUGGUAUUUCUCCAUAAGUUAAUUUCAGUGGUGAGAUUCAAUUUUUUUGUCAGCCGGUUCCAUCACAAAAGUUAUAUUUUUCACCCGGUUCUGUUACAAAAAGUCAUUGACAGUAACCAUUAAUGCUAACCGGUUUGCUGAUCUCAUAAAAUUCUGUGAGACGGUUCUAUAGAACCGGUGCGAACCGGUUGAAUCCCACCACUGGUUAAUUUGUAGCAGGGCCAGAGUGGCUCUAGCUCCGUAGCUUCAUUUUUCACUUUCCAAAUAUUUUGGUAUGACCGCUACCAUGAAACAACAUCCCAAAUGCAGUUUUAUGGUAACAUGAUUCAAAGUCAUGAUGCGAAGGAUUUAAAAAUUUUUAAGAGUUAACCAUUAAUAUAAAAUAUGAUUUGAAGGUGUUGAAUCAAUAUAUAUAUACAAUAAAGUCCCUCCACAAUUUCAAUUUUGUUAUGAAGUCAUUUCUCAAUAUACCUUAACCAUGUUUGUUGUUUUUUAAUCAGUAAUUGUUCAAGUAUUUUUACUUCAUUUAAUACAUCUGUGAGGGCCAAAACAAUAUAUGGUAUCGAUAAAUUCUCUCUACAAUUUCAAAAUUUUUUAAGACUUUAUGGGCAUCCUAUAUUUGCUGAAAAAGAUAGAUUUUUCAUUUGUUUCAAGUAUUAGAAAAUUAUGACAAUGAAAAAAUAAUUCGAUCAACUUGGCCGCUAAAAUUGCUAGUUGCUCUCAUUCCAGGACCCCAACCCUAAUUUGUAUCAGUCAUAGCUCAGACCAACCCUCAAGAAAACGGUAUAAAUCUGUACAUAGGCACUGGUAUGUAUUGCGAAGACUGUCUGUAUUCAUUUGACUCUCAAGCCCUCUUGAUUUAAUUUAUUGUUUUGUAUCGUUGUUUCCUGUGGUCUCGAAUUGCCAAAAUAAAAUAAGACCAAAUAUGGAUCAUAGUAGAAGUGCCCUAAAUUAUGAUCAAUUCAACAGACUUAUGAGGCACCUAUUGGGUGCCACGAGAAGUCCUCAAUAUUGUCAUGACCCCAAAGAGACACUUCACGCUUUCAAAGCCAGAAUCUUUCCAGUUCAUUAUUAGCUAUCUAAUACAGGUGUGUGGAACCUGCCGCCCACAAGAAAAAAUUGUGCAGCCCGCUGAGAAGUGCCGAGUACUGGGUACAAUUUAUUAUCUGGCAUGCCUAUAACUUCACAAUGCCUCAACAGCUAGCUUAUACAAACAACGCAUGGCCAAAGAUCAAUAACCAAAAUUUUUGUGCUUGCAAGUUGCAACUGCUGGAUAACCUAUGUUAAAAAUAAAGGUGUGGCCCGCUGUUUCACCCAGUUAUUUCUAUCUGGCCCUCCUGUAUUAAAAGUUGCACACCCCUGAUCUGAUAUAUAAUAACCUUCACCGAUGUGGAGGUCAUGGGAUUUUGAACCUGACACAGCACCCCAAUAAACUCACAAAACAAAAUUCUUUCAGUGAUCCAUUUAUUUACUUCAUUUUUCAAUAUACUUAAAUAUUAGAAUGCUUUAAAGUGAUCCCCAAACUGUGGCCCAUUAUGGUACCUUUUACACUUUGACUGUCAAUUUACAUUCUAGAUACCGCCAAUAUUGUUACAUCUAGGGUCACCAUAUUUGAAAAAGCAAAAUUCCGGACAGUCCAUGACUAUUUUCAUGUCCUCGUAUUAAAAAAAUAUGCGCACGGUACGAAAUAACAAUGUUC